AGCAGGUAAUAGCAAUAAUUGGAGCUGGAAAAUGCGGGCUCUUAACCUGCAAGUACGGCCUUUCAAAAGGUUUUGAUCCUAUUGUAUUUGAGUCAGAGAAUAGCAUUGGAGAUGUGUGGAGUGUGGACUAAGACAAUUGGGAGUACCAAGCUGCAAACACCAAAACCUCUUUACCAGUUCUCUGAUUUUCCAUGGCUUGAUUCUGUAACCGAUGUGUUCUCUGACCAACGCACCGUUUUAGAGUACAUUGAAUCGUACGCUCGUCACUUUGAUUUGCUCCGUCACAUUCAAUUCAAUAGCAAAGUGUUGAGCCUCAGCUAUGAAUCUGGUGGCGACUCGGACGGAGAAUGGAAUUUGUGGGGCGGCACCGGCGAGCCUUUUAGCACUAAAGGGAAAUGGAACGUCAGUGUACAGGACACUCGAACCCUCUCCACACAGGUAUACCAAGCUGAUUUUGUAGUAGUUUGCGUGGGAAGGUUCAGUCAAGUUCCAAACAUCCCUAAAUUCCUAUCAAUGAAGUGUUCAUUGGUUGCGGCAUCAGAAAGCAGGUUCCAAUUCUCAUCAAACAUGGCUCCAAAGAAUGAAUUCUUGCCCGCACUGCCUAAUGUUGUGGCCGUAGUUUCAAAGAUUCUGCCACCAACAUUGAGUUUCACCCUGUCUUUCUGGCUUUCCAUUAUUCAAAAAUGUUGUUUUACUCUGAAUUUCAAACCAAUACUGAUGUAAGAGAUAUGUUUAGAAACAAUUUCUGGCUCAAUAUCAGUCACAACUAACAUCAACAUUAUUAUACAUGUGACUUAUACUAAUGUAAUUUCUUCAAGUUGAUAGUAGAUAUAAAGAAACAACUGAUGUA